AGCCCAAGAAAAUAAAAUCUACCAGUUUCCACUUUUCCCCAUCUGUUUGCCAAAAAGGUGAUUAGGUAUCAAAAAGAUAGUGGAAGCAGGCUAGAUUGGAUGUAUUUUCAUUUUAAGACUUUACAGACAGCAACUUUCUGUGAUUUUGUUACUGCCUUUCUAUAAAGUUUUUUGGCUAUUUUUCUUUGUAAAAGUAUCACAUAGCACUUACAAUUUUUACUUUCGCAUUGUUAGUUUGAGGGUUUUUUGUUUGUCUUGGCUUGGUUUUUGGUUUUUUAUAUUAUCUUCUCUGUUACUUUUAACCAAACAGGCAUUUUCCUGUGUGUCUUUUGGAACUGAGUGAAGUUCAGUCAUUGGGUGGGUUAGCAAGAGAUUUAAAGUCUCAGUCUGUCCCUGCCUCAGUAAGGAAGGCUAAUAUUUGAGAAAGAACAGCUUAUGUUACUUAGCUCCAUUCCUGAAAGUGUUAUCAUUAACAUAUGUUAAAUAUUAUAUAAUGAAUGCUCUGCAGUGUCUUCAGGUCUCACUGACAUUCCAUAACUGGUAGAAUACUGUCUUAGUUAAAGCACUCACUCUUAAAAGCAGUACCACGUGUUCACGCUAGUGUUACUCUUGGUAGUCAGUCCCAGGACAGGAGCAACCAACCUUGAAAGAAUAUGAUCCAGUGUUAUAUUCUAUUGCAUUUCAUGUAAGGAAUUAGAAUAGUCGAGACCCAGGAUGCCCUCAAGUAAAGACAUCAAUGGUGUCAUUUUCGUCUCUUGCACUUCAGGAACCGGGCCCCUGUUUUGCCCUUGUCAUUUUAGGCAAAGUAAUAUAUCAGCAGCCAUCACUGCAGUCACUCUAAUUACGAUUGUGUAAAUCAACAGACUUCUCUAGACUCAACACCUAUCAACUGUUGAACUCGGCAUGUGUUUCUUAAAAAAAAUUAAUGCUUAUUGAUUGUAUGUUUUCUCUUGUGAAAAAAUGUCUAUUAAGAGGGUUUUUUUAGUGCCUGUAUUAUGCUUCUUUGUUUCUGCCCACCUCCAAAUGCAUUAUUUGCUUCAAAUGUGAAGUUAUUUACAAUAAAUAUGUUAACUUAUUACGCGUGACUAUAUAGUAUGUUACCCUUGAUGUAUUUCUACAAAGUAAAGGCCUCACUUUAAUUCCAGGAUUGUUAUUCCACAUGACUCUUUUUUUUUCUUCUCCUCUAGACUUCUCCAAAGAGCCCUGGGACAAAGAAAUAGGUCAGCCCACUGCAGACCUAGGCAUGGUCAUGGACUGUGUGGAAGCAGGAGACAUAACGCCUCCUACCAAAAGGAAGAGCAAGUUCUCAGGCUUUGGCAAGAUCUUCAAGCCCUGGAAAUGGCGGAAAAAAAAAAGUGAUAAGUUCAAAGAGACAUCAGAAGUUUUAGAGAGAAAAAUAUCUAUGCGAAAACCGAGAGAAGAGCUGGUUAAAAGAGGGGUUCUGUUGGAAGACUCUGAGCAGGGUGGUGAGGAUCCAGGGAAGCUGAGCCAUGCCAUGUUAAAGAAUGGCCACACCGCCCUCAUAGGGAGCGCCAGACCUUCUAGUCCAAUCCAGGUAGAGGAGGAGUCGGGAAGAAUAGCAAGUCUUAGGAAGCCUGUUCCAGAAGAGGAGCCGAAGAAGCGACUAGGCUCCACUGGAAGCCAGCCUCAUUCUGAAGCAGAAUUCAUCCCUGAGAGUGUACCUAAACAGCCUUUACUUCCCCCUAAAAGACACUUGUCCUCUUCUCACGAAGCAAAUGAAGGGCAAGCAAAGGAUGCCACUUCCUCUGGCAACUCGGCAAGACCCAGCUCGUCUGCCUCCACCACUGCCAUCACCACAGCACCUGCUGCUACCAUGGUUGCCACGAACCCGGCAAAAACUGUCCAUUCCUCUGGCCCCCCUUCCCAAGCGCCCAGGACUCUGCCCGCUGCUCCUGCCAGCACUACCACCACUGCCACCCUGAGCCUUUCUCACACAGGCCCUGCCAAGCAGCCCCCUAUUCCACCCCCAAAACCAACCCACAGAAACAGCAACCCUGUCAUUGCUGAACUGUCCCAAGCAAUAAACAGUGGUACGUUGUUAUCAAAGCCAUCCCCACCUUUACCACCGAAGAGAGGCAUUCCGUCAGCCUUGGUACCCACCUCAGAGUCUGCUGCUGCUGCCACCACCGCUACAAAAGCACCAAGUGAUCAGAGAGAGAAGAGCACAUGCUCUGUGGGCUCUGAACCCCUGCUGACUCCCUCCCCCUCCUCCCCACUGCCUACUCAUAUACCUCCAGAGCCCCCUCGGUCCCCUCCAUUCCCUGCUAAGACUUUUCAGGUUGUGCCAGAAAUUGAGUUUCCACCUUCCUUAGACCUACCCCAGGAGAUUGUCCAGCAGGAAAGUCAGAAAAGGGAAGUACCCAAGAAGAUGUUGGACCACAGCUUCGGGGAGCCCCAGGUGCCCCCUAGGCUGCCCCCGGUCCCGCUGCACAUCCGAAUCCAGCAGGCCCUGACCAGCCCACUCCCCAUGACUCCUCCCUUGGAGGGCUCUCAUAGAGCUCAUUCGUUGCUCUUCGAGAACAGUGACGGCUUUUCUGAGGACAGCAGUACCCUGGGUCGGACCAGGUCACUUCCCAUCACUAUUGAAAUGCUAAAAGUUCCAGACGAUGAAGAAGAGGAGGAGCAAAGCCACAUAUUUGCAUUCGAUGAAGAUGUAGCAUCUACCUCAGCCGUUCCUGAACUCCCGCAGUGUCUGCAGGAGGAGGAAGAAGGGAAAGAGAGUGACUCUGAUUCAGAAGGUCCCAUUCAAUACCGAGAUGAAGAGGACGAAGAUGAAAGCCAUCAUAGUGCUCUGGCCAACAAAGUGAAGAGGAAAGACACGCUGGCAAUGAAGUUGAACCACAAACCUAGUGAACCAGAAAUGAACAUGAAUUCUUGGCCUCGAAAAAGCAAAGAGGAGUGGAAUGAAAUCCGGCACCAGAUUGGGAACACACUAAUCAGACGACUGAGUCAGAGACCAACACCAGAAGAACUAGAACAACGGAACAUACUACAACCUAAAAAUGAAGCUGAUCGUCAGGCAGAAAAACGAGAGAUUAAACGUCGGCUCACCAGAAAGCUCAGUCAAAGGCCAACUGUGGCUGAACUACUUGCCAGGAAGAUUCUGAGGUUUAAUGAAUAUGUGGAAGUAACAGAUGCUCACGAUUAUGACCGGCGAGCUGACAAACCUUGGACCAAACUGACCCCUGCUGACAAGGCUGCCAUAAGGAAAGAAUUAAAUGAGUUUAAAAGCUCAGAGAUGGAAGUUCAUGAGGAGAGUAAACAUUUUACACGCUACCACCGUCCAUGAUGCUGAAGUUUGAGAGAGAAUCUAAACAACCCCCCAACACAGGGCUGCUUCAGUGUGCAGGGAGACACGGAGGGGACUUCAGCACUUCCCAGCACAGCCAGAAUUGAGUCCUCUAGGCUACAGUUCUGCGGUGAACAGCACUUCGAUGAAUGUAGCUUUUCACUGGAAUGGAUUCUCACGUGCUGCCUUGGGCAAAACUGAACAUUUUGUCAGUGCUUUUGAACCUUGUAAUAUUGCAGCAUACCUGAGGGGUCUUCCCUCAACAGCCUCAAUGUUCUGGGUCACUUGCAGGUUCCAAGUUUUAUUGGUUGAACCUCACCCACGAUGACUGCCUGUGCUAAAGGCACAGUUUGCACCAUUGGCCUUACCAGCCCUGUCCUGUUCUGAGACCCACUUGUAUAGAUGCUAAAUUCUAGCCAUCACAUCUCAUUGGUGAUGGGGGAAACCUGCUGGAGGCCCCCAAGCUUCUGGGAAAAGGGGCCAUCUCCAGGGAGAAGCAUAUCAGCUGAAAGCACUGCACUGUACUUUUUGUAACACAGCAAUACAGUCCUCUUCAGGCAACCCAGCCCGGGAGAAGCUCCGGAUCUGACAUUUUCUUCUUUUGGCACAAGUCAUUCUGAUUUUUAUUUUUUUUUUUUUUUAAUCUUGAAGAAAUGAUGGGAGCUUAACAUUUUUCCUAUCUGUUAAACAGUCUUGAGCUGCAGCUAGAUUCCAAGUUGGAAAAAUGAGACAGCAUAUAUGUUUUCUAUAUAUAAAAACAAAACCAAAAAAGGGCCUUUACAUUAAGGCCAACUUGGCAGAAAACUGACUCAUGGCUCGAGUUGUUCAGACUGUUGUAUUUUUGUUGUACCAGAUGAUAACUCUAAAUCAUUCUAACCAACAGAUGCAUUCUCUCCCCUGAAGCAGAGUUGCAGCUCUGCGGGAGCACCCGUGUGCUGUCAGCCCCCACAGUUUCAGCCAGAAUCACAGCGAGGUCCUGGGGGUGUGGGGGCUAGACAGAAAAAGGUCCUUGGAGAAGCAGUUGGGAGGGGCGAGACCAUGACCCGCCGCUCCUGUCUGUUCCUCAGUCCUGUCCACCCUCCCCUGCUGCCCUCUUCCCGUUACCUCCCAGCACUGACCCUCCUGCUCACCGUGUCUGGCAGCUUCCACCUCACUCAGCCCUCCUCUUCCAAGCUGCAGCCCGUGCAGUUAGUUGGUGCCUGGGCAUUGGCUCAGCCCCCACACCCUUUUAUAUGUGUAAUAUAUAUUAAUAUGAUUUCCUGAAACAGACGAUUCAGUUGCUUUCUUUGAAUUUUUGUUGAAAACCAUAUGCCUUACUGUGUCCCUCUAAUUCCUAUCCACUCUAAGUGGAAGAGGAAGAAAAGUUUCUAUUAAACUGAUGAAUGUGGCUUUUUCCCCUGAAUGUUCAGAAAAUUGUGGCUCUAUUAUAGAUUUUUUCUGACUUCUUCUGCCAGUCCUUGUCCCGUAUGUGCUCUUCCAGUAGAUUUUUCUCUGUUCCUCCUUUUGCGUCCAUGUAAGAUUUGCUGAAGAAUCAGAAUAUCAGGUCAAAACAAAGCUAAAAGUGACCUUAAAAGGUAGUAUGUUCUCUCCAUAUGGGGAAUAGGGAGGUGUUUGGAUUUUUCAGUAACUGUCAAGUGCUUUAUGGCCAUGGAGAUACACUGGGCUUACAUCCCCUGCAAGCUCACUGACGUUCGGGAUGCCUGAGGAAAGAUAAAGAGAUGAUCCUACAAAGCUGUAGAACACACAUUAAGUGUUGACUUCUAACCUUUCUGUCUUGUUGGUUUGGAAACUACUUGGCUUUUGCCAGCAUCCUCUGUGGCUUCAGAUGGCAUUUUUCACACCCCAUUCGCUCCCUUCUUUCCCUUCAUGUGCCAAGCUUGAAACAGGGUUUGAUCUCCUGAGCUACUUGUUCGCUUCCUAUGUGCCACCAAGGAAUCUAAUUCAUCUUUCAUCUCACUCAUGUUCUUUUGAAAUAAGAUACUUUGGGAGUCAAGUCCUUUCAGGUGUUUAUAUAAAUAUAUAUAUAUAUAUAUAUAAAGUGGAUUUUGUGUUCUCCUUCCAUGUAAGUAAUAAUUCACAAUCAUAAUGUAAAGAAGAAAUAGAAAUCUGUUGUAUUGUACUUCAAGAUGCUUCCCUGAUGUACAGAAUCUCCUUGUAAAAUAAAUAAUUGCAUUGUAUAUUAGUCUUCCUAUCAAUAUUAAUUAUUAAUGUAUUUUAGAAUUAAAAAGGACAAAUUAUA